AGGAAGUCCUACUGUACUACAUUCAAGAGAUUCUUGCAGAAGGUGAAACUAAUUUCCCUACGUGGUCAGAGCUUCAUGGAGAUGAAAAUGGAGAGGAGGAGGAAAGUGAGGAGAUAAACAUCCCAGUCAUCAAAGAAAAUGAAAACUUCAGUACACCCAAGAGGAAAUCAACCGUCAUCAAACAACAAUCCGAGGAAUCCAACUCGUUGCACCCUUUUGGCAAACAGACAGCUGCUUCUCUAGGCAUCACUGAUUGCUCUAUUAUCAGGAAUAGGCUUGCUUCCAGUACUAUGGCUGAACAAGGCGGAGCUGUAGAGGGCGCUACAGCUUCUGCUGCUGAAGAGGCAUCCAAGGUGGAUGAAGAUUACAUCAAGAAAUUCCUUGGUGAUCUGACACCCCUACAGGAGAGUAGACUAAUCCAGCUCAGGGAAUGGCUUAGUGAAACACAUAAAGGAAAGAUGCCGAAAGAUUCCCACCUACUCAGGUUCCUACGAGCAAGAGACUUCAACACAGAGAAAGCACAUGAGAUGAUCACCGCAUCGUUAGCAUGGAGGAAACAGCAUAAAGUAGAUCAGAUACUCAGUACAUGGGAACCCCCGCCUAUACUACUGGAUUACUUCCCUGGUGGAUGGCACUUCUAUGACAAGGAGGGAAGACCAGUGUUUAUAAUGAGGCUUGGCCAGCUGGAUGUGAAAGGACUCAUCAAAGCUGUCGGGGAAGAGGCAAUACUGAGACAUGUUCUCUCAAUAAAUGAAGAGGGUAUCCGGAGGACAGAACAAGCUACCAAGCAGACGGGACGACCCAUCAGUUCCUGGACGUGUAUAGUAGACUGCGAAGGUCUGAGCAUGCGCCAUCUAUGGCGGCCAGGCAUCAAGGCACUCCUGCGCAUGAUAGAGGUCGUCGAGGCCAAUUACCCAGAGGUCAUGGGUAAGCUACUGAUCGUGAGGGCGCCCCGCGUCUUUCCUGUCAUCUGGACGCUGGUAUCUCCAUUCAUUGAUGAGAAUACAAGACAGAAGUUUUUGAUUUACGGAGGGAAGAAUUACAUGGAGAGUGGUGGACUCACCGAUCACAUAGCUCAACAGUAUGUCCCAGACUUUAUAUGCGGUGACUGCUAUUGUGAUAUACCAGAGGGAGGGAUAAUCCCUAAGGCAUGCUACCGAUCUACUGAUGAUCUAUACUCAAUAGGAGAGCCUACACUAUGUGCUGAGACUGUCUACAAGUCUGUUCUUCUGCAGAAAGGCAUUCCACAUGAGGUCCUAGUCCAUGUCAAGGAUGCCCAACAGGUCUUGACCUGGGACUUUGAUGUCCUACGGGGGGACAUCGUCUUCUCGGUCAUGGUCUCCCGUCGACCGCUGACCAUUCACAAAGAAGUGACCAAUCCUGUGUCCACUCCGGCUGGAAUCAUAGCCAACACAGUGGUCAUUGACAAGUCCAUGCAGUGCGGCAUUGACUACAAGGUUGUAGAGUCUGCUCUGGUCUGUAAAGCAGGUGAAAGUAUACAGGGUUCCCAUGUAUGUCAGGUAGCAGGAUGGUAUGUGUUACAAUGGAGGCAUUAUAACAUCUCAGCUGCUCUACCCAGCUCGGCCCAGAAGGCUGCUCAUCAUUAUCAUAAAUCAAAGAUCAUGUUCUACCAUGAAGUACUAGCAUCAGAAGAUUUCAGGGGCUCGAUGACCAGCUUACAGUCCUGCCACAGUGGGUUCUCAUCAUUGAGUAUCAGUACAACGUCUAGUAGAGCCAGCGACCGAUCCCAUGCUAGCUCCCACACCACGAUCUCAAGGUGACUAGACCAACAGGAUGCCCGUUUCUAGUGCCAAGCUCCGCCCAACUCGUCUUUAUAUCAUGCUCUGUCCAUUCUGAAGUGAAGUGAAUUGUGCUGGCUGUAAUAAACCUGCUGGUAAACCGUCUUGUUUGCUGUUCUGUUCAGGAAGUGAUGAUGUCCGCAACGUUAGCAUUUCAGAAGUAGAUGAGUUUAUUGACCCUGACACUGAGCUUAGUGAUAGUGUAAGGGUUUUCAUGAUAGCUGUAAUCCAUUCUAAAAUAUACUGUUCCAAACCUUGUUUUAGCUAUUCUGUCAUGUAAUGAUGUCCACAAUGUUACCAUUUAGAGGUAGAUGACCCUGACCCUAAGCCUACUGGCAGUAUUCAGAAUUUCAUGAUGGGUUUAUUCCCUCAUUCUCUCUAAUGUAAAGUAUGUUGUCCCAGACAUGUCGGUUGUCCAUCGUGUACACAAAAUAAUGUCUGCCAAUGUAGCAUUUCAGAGGUAGAACAUAUGAAGUUUGUAACCUUGAAUUAGGUCUGUUCACUCUGAAGUACAAUGUAUACUGUCCUAACCCGCUUGUUUUUAAUUCUGUAAAGGAAGUGGUAGCAUCUAUCAUGGCAGCAGUUCAGCAAUAAAUAGUCCUUGACCCUUCACCCAGGUCAGUAUCCUUUGACACAGCAUAUUGGAUCCAUUUGGAUUGAAUCCACACAUGAUUUGAAUUUGAGCAGGAAACUACUUGAUAGAUUUUUUUAAAACCUUUUCAUUUAAAAUAGUAUCCCCCAAAAUAAACCCCCCCCCAAAAAAAACUUUGAGAUUUGAGGUCCUUCAACCUCAGAAAUGAUAAUGCACCUAUUCAUAAACCAUUAAAAUAAUUGGCAGACACAAUGGGACACUGAUGCCAUACUCAUAUGGAAAUCAUCGACUUAGUGGUUGAUGACUUCUAUAAUCCAUCUGAUAUAUUGCUACCAAUUUGUAUUGUAUUGCUUUCAUCAUCAUAAUCCUCCUAAACCAACCCUAAGUUACAUUAUUCGCCUAUCGUUAAAGACCUUUACAAAUCCAUACCAUACUACUUGCAUAUAUGCGAGAAAGUCAGAAUAUGAAUAUUAUGUCUCUUGAAGUACUUAAAAGUAACACAUCUAUCCACUCUUAUCAAAGAAGUACUACAAAGUUGACUCGUCGUAGUAGAACAAGAAUAUUUAGCUCAUCUGUCAUUCUAAGAAUUUUAUCAUGAAAUAACCAUUCGUUGACAUUAAUAGGAAAAGGCUGACAUUUGUGUGAUACUAAUGUAUUCAAAUUCUAAGUAUUAUGAGCUGCUGUAUGAGCUAAAAAUUUCCAAGUCAAACAUCACUAAAAUUUCCAAUUUAUUAUAUUGCCAUUUCAGCAUACGAAAACAAAUAAAAUUAUUGAAAUUAGCAACUUGGGGCUAAGUUGAAUCAGUACUGAACAGUGAAAAUGCCUGUAGGCUUGUAUUGGCUUAUGCAUUAGUUGCCAGUUUGAUUAUGGUGACUGGAUUCUGUUUAAAUUAGUCACAUGCAAGCUGAUGCUACAGUGCUUUUGUUAGAACGUUCAUGUCAAACGCUUUACAUAGAUACUUAUGCAAAAGAAAAAAAUGCUUCCAGUCUUUAAUAAGGCACAUCCACUGAACCAUGCAGAAAUGUUCAGGGGUGAAAUUCCCAAAACCUGGCUAUGGAUUGUAUAGUUGAUUUCUAUGCUUGAUUACACAUAAUGAUCAAUACAAUCAAUUGUAAAGCCACAGAUUCAUAACCACCUUUGUGAAUUUGGCCUAUAUUUUUGUCUCAUUGGCCUGGUUUCAGACUUAUUUGUAUGUUUACACUCUUUAAUAGUAAUUAGUUAUUACCAUGGUAACAAUUCUCAAUAAAGGAGUCCAUGGGAAUUACCAUUGCAUGGUAAAGAUAUCAUAAUGGUUCCUUGUGUUACAGGCCCUGAGUGGACAGUGUAUUGAGAUUUGGGGUUACAUUUUUGCAUGGUAUCUUUUCAUGAGUAGCAGUGCCCAAAUGGCUUCCCUGAAGUUGAUGAUUAUCAAACAAUUUCCUUGUUGAAGUGUACCAAAUAUCUUGCAAGAGAAUGCAAUGAAAAAUUCCAUACCAGUUUGUGACUACCUCAAGGGAGAAUGAUCAUUAGUGUUUUAAGAUUUAAUGAAAAUUAUUCGCUGUAAUUUUGGACUUUCCAAUAUGAUGCUUUGUACACAACCACAGAAUAAAGAUAUUUCUCAUGUGAGGAAUAUGCUUACAUAGUGACAGAUUCUAAGCAAUUUAUAGAUACAUAUACAGUUGAGGCCAGAAGUUUACAUACACCCAGGAAAUUCAAAGAAAAGUUGACACUUGCCAAACAUAAAAUUUACUGUAUUUUAUAAAAUAAUUGUGCUAUCCUGACGAAUUUGAUAUCAAUCAAAUGAGUAUGUCAUGCCCCUUCAUCACAUGCUUUGUUGUCAGGAGCUGAAUAAUAUUUUGGUGUCAUUUUUUCCCCCAAAAUCUUCAUAUUUUAGACAAAUAAAAACUUUACAAAACAUUUCAUAUUUGUGCUAGUUACUAAUUAACACUAACAUUUCAGAUUACACUUUUUUGUUCAGUGGUGACAUAUCUUGAUAGAAAAUGUAAUAUAAAUCAUAGCUUCGACAUAUAUUUCUAUGAAACGAUGUUUGAAAAUAUAAUAAACAAUAGAAUACAUUUGGCAUGAACAUUACUUUUUUUCUUCAAAGAAAAUUCCACCUGAAAUAUACUUUAAUCCCAACGGCAUCCCAAUCAUGUGAAAGCUUAAUACGCUCUUUCAUUUGAUACCAAAUUCGUCAUGGUUGUAUUUAUAUCCGAAGAUAUAAUAAAUUUUGUGAUAUUUGGCAAGCGAACAAAUUUCACUGAAUUCCAUGGGUGUAUGUAAACUUUUGGCCUCAACUGUAUAUCUAAAGCUUAUGGUUGGUCUUAUUGCAUUGAUAAAGGGUACCGGGUAAAAGUUCUUUCUUUUGGAGUUUCACAAAGAGUUCAGUCUGACUAAAAGUCACGCAUAAGUGCCAACACGCACUUGAAAUAUAACACAAUAGCGAUUGAUGGAGUGUGAUGUAACCAGUGCAGUGAUGUGCUGUAUACAUGUACCAUACAAUCUAGUCAUUUAAAUGUGUUUUUUUAGUCACACAUAAGCUUUUGUGCAACUCUCCCUGGUUAUUAUCAUUUUCUCAGUACAUCGUGUGAUUUGUAACGUCAACAGGGUAUUUCAUUCUCAACCUUGCUCACAAUAUGUUUAUUUUCA